AUGGUUUGUGUUGGUGUGGGGUGUGUGGUGUUGGGGGUUGGUGGGGGUUGUUUGUGUGGUGAGGUGAGGGUGGGGUGGUUGGUGGUGGUGGUGGGGUGUGUGUGUGUUGGGGAGAGGGUGGGUGGGCGAUGGGGGGGGUGGGGGUGUGGUGAGGGAGGAUUUUGGGUAGUGGGUAGGGUUGUUUGGUGUGGGUUUUGGGUGGAGUGGGGUGGGGGGGUUGGUGCUGUGGUGUGUGUGAGGAGUGGGGUGUUACGGGGGGUUGGUAUUGGGUGUGGGAUGCAGUGGUGUGACAUCGGUAGGUGUUUGUGUUGUUUUGGUGUGGGGGUGUGCCGCGGUUGCGGGGUGGUGGUUGGAGUUUGGUGUGUUGUGGUCGGUGGUGGUGUUGGGGGGGUGAUGGGUGUUGCGGGGGUGGUGAGGGGGGGUGGUUUUGGUGUGUGUGUUGGGGGGUAUGAGUUGUCGUUGGGUGGUGUUAGGGAUUUGGUUAUAGUGUGUGUGUUUGGACGGGUUUGGUCUUCGGGGGGUUGGGGUGUGUUGGUUGGGGUUUUGUGUGUGUGGGGGUGUGUGUGUGUUGUGGUGUGGUAUGGUGAUGUGGGUGGGAUGAUCGUAGUGAGAGGGCGUGGGGGUUAUGAGUGGGUGUAUGUGGGUGUUUGGGUGACGGGUUGUGGGUUGGAGGUGUGGUGUGUGAGGGUGUUAGGUUUGUCCGUCGGUGAUGUGGAGUUGAUGUUGGUGGUGGUUAGUCUGGUUCGAUGUUUGGAGUGGUGUUGGGUGGUGGGAGGUGUUGUUGUAAUGAGGGUUGGGUAUAUUGUGGUUUGGGGGGUGGUGCUUGGAGAUGAGUUGGGUGUUGGGUGUACGGUGGUUGUGAUUGCUUGGAGGGUUAGGGAUUGUGAUGGUGGUGGGUGUGUGGUGGGGGCUGGGAUGGGGUGGGGUGUUGUUGGGGUAGUGGGUUGUGGGGGGGGGGGUGGUUGGUUUGUGGAGUUGUUGGUGUGGUGUGGUGGUAAGGGUGGGGUUAGGGUUUUGGGGGGGUGGUGUGGGUGGUGGGUGGGUUUUUUUUUGUUGGUGGGUUCUGGGUUGGUGUGGGUGGGUUGUGGUUGGGGGGGGGGUGGUGGUUGUUCCGGUGGGGGGGGGUGUAUUGUUUCGUGGUAUUUGGUGGGGUUGUGUAGGUUGUGGGGGAGGGUGGGGUGUGGUUGUGGUGAGGUUUGGUUGUUUUGGAGGGGUUUUGGGUGUUGUUUGGUGGUUGGUGUGGUGGUGCGUGGUUGGGUGGAGGGGUGGGUGGUGGUGGGUCUGGGUGUGGGGUGUGAGUGUUGGGUGUGUGUGUUGGGUUGUUUGGUGGUGUCGGGAGUGGAUUGUUUGAGGUGUGGGGUAGUAGGUGGUGGGGGGGAGUGUUGUGGGUGGAUGAUUGUCUAUGUGUGGUGUUGGGUUGUUGGGGAGUUGGAGGCGUGGUUGGUGUGUGGUGGGGUUGUGUCUCUUGUCGUACGGUGGGUGUACGUCGUUUGUGUAUGGGGGUGUGGGGGGGUGGGAGGGUUGUGUGGGUUUGGGGGGUGUGGGGUGGUGGGUGGAUGGUGGGGUGGGGCUUAUGUGGUGGAUGUUGGGUGGUGGACGGUUAGGUUUGGUGGGGGAGUGGGUGGUGUGGUGGGUGUGGGCCGGGUUGUGGUGUAG